AUGUAUGAUCAGAGUGAUAUCUCCCUGUAUGAUCGGAGUGAUAUCUCCCCGUGUGAUCGGAGUGAUAUCUCCCCGUGUGAUGGGAGUGAUCUCUCCCUGUAUGAUCAGAGUGAUAUCUCCCUGUGUAUUGGAGUGAUUCCUCCCUAUAUGAUCGGAGUGAUUCCUCCCUAUAUGAUCAGAGUGAUUCCUCCCUAUAUGAUCAGAGUGAUUCCUCCCUAUAUGAUCGGAGCGAUUCCUCCCUAUAUGAUCGGAGUGAUUCCUCCCUGUAUGAUCAGAGUGAUAUCUCCCUAUAUGAUCGGAGUGAUUCCUCCCUGUAUGAUCGGAGUGAUUCCUCCCUAUAUGAUCGGAGUGAUUUCUCUCUGUAUGAUCGGAGUGAUUCCUCCCUGUAUGAUCGGAGUGAUUCCUCCCUGUAUGAUCGGAGCGAUUCCUCCCUAUAUGAUCGGAGUGAUCUCUCCCUAUAUGAUCGGAGUGAUUCCUCCCUGUGUGAUCGGAGUGAUUCCUCCCUGUAUGAUCGGAGUGAUUCCUCCCUGUAUGAUCGGAGUGAUUCCUCCCUGUGUGAUCUCUCCCUGUGUGAUCGGAGUGAUUGCUCACUGUAUGAUCGGAGUGAUUCCUCCCUGUAUGAUCAGAGUGAUUCCUCCCUGUAUGAUCGGAGUGAUUCCUCCCUGUGUGAUCUCUCCCUGUGUGAUCGGAGUGAUUCCUCCCUAUAUGAUCGGAGUGAUUUCUCUCUGUAUGAUCGGAGCGAUUCCUCCCUAUAUGAUCGGAGUGAUCUCUCCCUAUAUGAUCAGAGUGAUUCCUCCCUGUAUGAUCGGAGUGAUUCCUCCCUGUAUGAUCGGAGCGAUUCCUCCCUAUAUGAUCGGAGUGAUCUCUCCCUAUAUGAUCGGAGUGAUUCCUCACUGUAUGAUCGGAGUGAUUCCUCCCUGUAUGAUCAGAGUGAUUCCUACCUGUGUGAUCUCUCCCUGUAUGAUCAGAGUGAUAUCUCCCUGUGUAUUAGAGUGA